UGACGUAAAUGAAAUAAAGUUUUGUGAUAGUGCUAAUGUGUUUGGUUUUUGCUGUAUGUGGUGUUAUUUAUUCCUGAUGCUAUCGAAUCGGAAUCGAGGCUCGUCACCCUGUUUCGAUUACAAAAGUUAAUUGUGCCGUGCCAGUGGUUCAAACAACCUUUGGAAUUAAGUAUACGUAGUGUAAUAGGGAACUGCCGACUAAUAAUAUAUACUAACACGCGCAUAAAACUGUACCUUUAUAUUUAUUAUACCUUGGAUUUUAGUAUUUGGUAGCUAAUAAAAAUGUCUGAAAAAACCUCAAAGAAAUCGAAGACUUCAGGACUUUCGGCAAUCGGCAAAUUGUAUCUUCUAUCUUACAAUGGAUUACAGACACUCGGGUGGACAUAUCUUCUAUGGGUGUCAGUAGUGUACUUUUUAAAUCGUGGUACACUGGAUGGAUUUUGGAAUGAAAUAAAAUGGCCAGUCAUAAUAUUCCAAGGAGCCGCUCUAUUAGAGAUAUUGCAUUCGCUACUCGGGUUGGUGUCGUCGGGGCUGAUGGUGGUGGUGAUGCAAGUGUACUCGCGUGUGUUCCUCGUGUUCGGAAUACUAAUGACGACCCACGGCGGCGCCGCCAGCCCGGGACUGCCGCUGUGCGUUCUCGCCUGGUCCAUCACUGAGAUCAUCCGUUACUCGUACUACGGACUCAACUUAGUCAACAGCACCCCGCAAACUUUGACGUUUUUGAGGUAUUCUACAUUCCUGAUUUUGUACCCCCUCGGUAUAACCGGGGAGCUGCUGUGCAUGUACCACUCUCUAGAUGAAGUGCACGAAAAGAAGCUAUUUACGGCCUCCAUGCCCAACUCGUGGAACUACAUAUUCAACUUUUAUUACUUUUUGAUUGUGUACAUGCUCCUUUAUAUUCCGUUCUUCCCCUAUCUGUUCUCACACAUGUUGGCCCAGAGAAGGAAAGUGUUGGGCGACGUCAAACAUAAAUCUAUGUAAUUAUUAAACAAUUAUAUUAAUUAAACAUAAUUUAUUAAUAAAAUGGGGUUGGACUUAAAAAUAUAUAUUUUUAUACAUAUUGAAAAACGAGUCUCUACUACGAGUAGUUUUGUCACGAUUUCGAUAAUUUCAAUAAUCUAUCGGAAAUCGUAGUAUUUAAUAGCACGUCAAUACGUGCUCUAAAUAUAAUUUUAAAUUGAGUCUCGGCUUGUAUUUAAGUAAAAAGGAAUGGCAAAACUAUUAGCUCUGGGUUGUCGGGUUGUAGAUAUAAGUAUGAUUUCACAAAGCAUUUUCAAUUGUUAUUAAACUUUCGUAACAAUAGGUUUUAACAUAGAACAGAAAUUUACUGUUCUGUGGGUUUUAACAGUUAAAUAUUUUUGUUAUUUGUAUGACCUCCGUAGCUGUAUGUAUGGUUAAAAAAUUAGUCUGUUUUCCUAAUUAUACGGGUUCAGGUAGACAAUGUACAAAAUACUCCUUGAAUUUUAAUGAUAUUUUGCAUUUAAAUAAACGCUCAAUUAUGUAAAUAUAUUUUUUCAUCUACCUAUGUACUACGUUCUUGUGACUUACCAAUUAUGGUUAACCACUGGUAUCAACUUUGUAUGCUUAUUAGUUAAUAGUAAGUAGGUAGUU